UAAUGAGAACAAUUCGUUAUAUCACAUAAAUAUAUUCAAAAUUUUAAGCGCGAUUUUAAUUGAAGGUAACUACAGAUUUUAUUUCUCUACUUUACCAAUAAACAUUUUCUAAAAAAAAAAACAACUACGCCACUGUUCCCGUCGAGACCUCUCUCUAGAGUCGAGACAUCAUCUUGGAUCUAGCGGUUUUCAAAAAACGUGGCAUGAUAUGAUCAAGCAUUGCCUUUAAUAAUAAAAUAAAUAAAAAUAACAACACAACAAGUGUGUUUAGUGUUUAUAAUUAAUCAUGAAGUUUUCAUACAAGUUUAGUAAUUUACUUGGUACUGUUUAUGUCAAAGGAGAUUUAUUAUUUUCCCCUGAUGGAACAUCUGUAAUAAGUCCAGUGGGUAAUCGUAUCACAAUUUAUGAUUUAAAAAAUAAUAAAUCAACAACAUUACCAGUUGAAAGUCGAUUUAACUAUAAUGCAAUUGAUUUAUCACCAAAUGGAAAUGUUCUUGUUGCUAUCAAUGAAGAGGGUGAUGCUCAUAUUAUCAGUAUGAUUAGCAGAAUGAUAAUUCAUUCAUACAGAUUUAAAAAACCUGUAUGUUGUGUUAAAUUUUCACCAGAUGGAAAACACUUUGCUAUUUGUAAAGAAAAUAGAGUAUUUGUAUAUAAUGCUCCAUGUUUGGAAAGUGGAAAUUUUAAUCCAUUUAUAAUGGAAAGAGUAUUUAGUGGUGCAAUAGAUGACACAACAAAUAUUUGUUGGUCAUUUGAUUCAAAAUUUUUAGCAGUCGGUUCAAAAGAUACAUCAACAAAAUUAUAUAGUCUUGAAAAAUAUAAAAAUUUUCGUCAUUGUAAUUUAGGUGGUCAUUCUGAUGAAAUAGUAUCAUGUUUUUUUGAAAAAAAAACAUAUGAUAUAUCAACAUUAAGUAGAAAUGGACAAUUAUGUAUUUGGGAAUGUUCAAUUAAUCCAGAUGAUCUUGUUAUUAAUGAACCAUCUAUAAAACGUGUAAAAAAUAACAAUAACAACAAUGAUAAUGGUGAUGAAUCUGAGGAUGAUGUUGAUAUUGAUAAUGCUGUUGAAAAAACUGAAAAAGAAAAUGCUAAAAUGACAAAAAAUAAAAUGGAAAAAACUGAUGAUGGUGAUGAUGAUACUGCUGAUGAUAAAAAAAAUAAAAGUAAAAGAUUAAUAUUUAAAAAAUUAGCAAGACAUUAUUUAGCUGAUGAACCAAGAAAACAAGAUAGAGCAGCAAUUUUAACAGCAGCAGCUUAUCAUACAGAUACAAAAAUACUUGUAACUGGUUUUAGUAAUGGUUGUUUUUAUCUUCAUGAACUCCCAGAAGUUAAUAUGAUACAUUCAUUAAGUAUAUCAAAUCAGUGUAUAUCAUCAAUUGCAUUAAAUUCAACUGGUGAUUGGAUUGCCCUUGGUUGCUCAAAACUUGGACAACUUUUAGUUUGGGAAUGGCAAAGUGAAACAUAUGCAAUGAAACAACAAGGUCAUAGUAAUAAUAUGAAUAGUCUUGCAUAUAGUCCAGAUGGUUUAUUUUUAAUAACUGGUGGUGAUGAUGGAAAAGUUAAACUUUGGAAUACAUUAAGUGGUUUUUGUACAAUAACAUUUUCUGAGCAUACAUCAGGAAUAUCAGCAGUAUUAUUCAGUCAUAAUAGAAAAUUUAUUGUAUCAGCAUCACUUGAUGGUACAGCAAGAGCAUAUGAUUUAACAAGAUAUCGUAAUUUUAAAACUUAUACAUCACCAAAACCAGUACAAUUUUCAUGCUUAGCAUUGGAUUCAAGUGAUGAAUUUCUUGCUGCUGGUGGACAAGAUUUUUUUGAUAUUUAUUUAUGGUCAAUUAAACUUGGUACAUUAUUAGAAGUAUUAAGUGGACAUGAAGGACCAGUUGUUAGUUUAUCAUUUAGUCCAAGUCCUUCAAGUACAAGUCUUGCAUCAGUAUCAUGGGAUAAAACAUUAAAAUUAUGGAAUGCAAUUGAAAAUGGUUCAGAUCAUGAAACAUUAAAAUUAACAUCUGAUGGUCUUUGUGUUGUUUAUAGACCAGAUGGUAAUGAAGUUGCUGUAUCAACAUUAGAUGGACAAAUAUCAUUUUUUGAUGUUAAAACAUCAAUACAAAUUUCAAGUAUUGAAGGACGUAAAGAUUUAGGUAGUGGAAGAUCAGAUACUGAUUUAAUAACAGCUAAAAAAAAUUUAGAAGGUAAAGCAUUUACAACACUUUGUUAUUCAGCUGAUGGUAAUUGUAUUAUUGCUGGUGGACAUUCAAAAAAUAUAUGUAUUUAUAAUAUAACAGAAUCAGUGUUGGUUAAAAAAUUUGAAAUAACACAAAAUAGAUCAUUUGAUGCUGUUGAUGAUUUUAUAAAUAGACGUAAAAUGACAGAAUUUGGUAAUAUAGCAUUAAUUGAAGAACGUGAAGCAAAUGAAGGUGGUAAAGUAUCAAUAAGAGUACCUGGUGCUAGAAAAGGUGAUAUGGCUAGUAGAAACUUUAAGCCAGAAAUACGUGUUUAUAGUUUACAAUUUUCACCAACUGGACAAUCAUUUGCAGCAACAACAACUGAAGGUUUAUCAAUAUAUUCACUUGAUGUUGGUUUAGUAUUUGAUCCAUUUGAACUUGAUAUUGGUGUUACACCAGAAACAGUUAAAAAUACACUUAAUAAUAAAGAUUAUGCUAAAGCAUUAAUGAUGUCAAUUAAAUUAAAUGAAAAAGAUUUAAUAAGAUAUGUCAUUGAAAAUAUACCACAUAUUGAUAUUGAAUUAACUGUUAAUAGUAUGUCACUUGUUUAUAUUGAAAGAUUGUUAAAAUUUAUUGCAACAGAAAUGGAAAAAACAAAACACAUACAUUUUUAUUUAAUAUGGAUUGAAAAUAUAUUUAUUAAACAAGGACACAAUAUUAAUUCUGCAUUACAAAUGCCAGUAUUACUUAAUUUACAAAAAAAUAUGCAACAAAAAUAUGAUGAUUUAAGUAAAAUUUGUGAUUUUAAUCAGUAUACUAUGGAUUUUAUUAAAAAUACUGCUCAAAUGAAAUCAAAAAAACUCAUUCAAGACAGCCAAGAUGAUAGUGAUGAUGAAUUUAUUGAACAAAUGGAUAUUGAUAAUUGAUUUUUUUAUUGAUAUUAAUAAUAAUUAACAAUGAAAUAAAUUGUUGUUUUUGUUUUUUUUUUA